GCUGUGAGCUACCACAAGAUCUUGUAUAUAUUUCUCUGUGCUAUACAGUAUAAUCUUGUUUAUCUAUUAUAUGUUUGUUCCUUUGUAUUUAUUUUUGUUAUAUUUAAGCCCAUGCCCCAAUUGUUUGCAUCCCUGAGAAUCUGUUCUCAAAAGCCUAGCACUCCCCCCUCCACCCCCAGUGCAGAAGGCCCAUGCCUGUACACAGACAUCUCUACCAGCAGUCUUGCAUUCAAGAUGAAAAGCAUGGAACUGAACUGUGCUGGACACGGAGAAGUCAAAAAUCUCAUCUGAGUACCACGCUUCUGUCUUCUUUCGUGGGUGAAAAAUAAGCUUGGCUUUUGGUGAGACAGACUUCUCCUGCCCUCAGCUGAGCCAGGUCCCCAUGCUUCUGUGGCUCCUUCUGCUGAUCCUGGCUCCUGGAGGAGGACAAUCAGGAGUAUCUCCAAAAGCUUUUCUUCUCCUCAAACCUCCAUGGUCCACACACUUCCAAAAGGAUAGAGUGACUCUCACAUGCAGGGAUUUCCAUUUUCCUGCCCAAGGAGACAUAUCCUGGUAUUAUAAUGGCAUGUCGUUGAAUAAAGAAUCUGAAGAGAUCCGAAUAGAGAAGACUGGAUAUUACAAAUGCAAAACCCGAAGAUCUUCUCUCAGUGAACCUGUGUAUGUGGAGUUUUCAACUGACUGGCUGAUCCUCCAGGCUCCAUACCCUGUCUUUGAAGGAGAUAAAGAAGUAGCGCUGAGAUGCCGGGGGAGAGAAGAAGCCAGCAUUACUGAAAAGACUUUUUACAAAGAUGAAUUAAAAAUUAGUUCUACAUCACCCUUCAUAUUAAAUCCAGUCCCCAGGGACAAUGGCAAAUAUCAUUGUACUGCUAAGAAAAGAAAUUGGAUCAUACCAUCUAAAGAAACUUCAAAACCUCUAACAAUUCAACUUCAAGAGCUGUUUUCACCGCCAGUGCUGACCGUCAGCCCCUCCCAGCCCACAGAGGGGAGCGCGGUGACCCUGAAAUGUGAGACCUGGCUCUCUCCACAGAGGUCAGACAUUCAGCUUCAGUUCUGUUUCUUCAGAGAAGACAAGGCCGUGGGGUCAGGCUGGAGCAGCGACCCAGAGCUCAAGUUCCCCAUCAUGUGGAGUGAAAACUCAGGGUCUUACUGGUGCCAGGCAGAGACAGCGACUCACAGUGUCAGAAAAAGAAGCUUGAGAUCCCAGAUACGUGUGCAGAGAGUCCCUGUGUCUGAUGUAAAUCUAGAGAUCUAUCCCCCAGAGGGGCAGCUGAUUGAAGGGCAAAGUCUGCUCCUUAUCUGCUCAGUAGCCAAGGGUACAGGGACUGUCACAUUCUCCUGGCACAAAGAGGGCACAGUAAGAAGUCUGGGAACAAAGAUCCAGCGUUCCUUGUCGGCAGAGCUGUGGAUACACACUGUGAAGGAGCACGAUGCUGGGAGAUACUACUGUGCAGCUGACAACAUUCAUGGUCCUAUCCUCAGUAAACUGAUUACAGUCAAACUGAGAAUUCCAGUGUCUCAUCCUGUCUUCACCUUCAGCCUUGCUGGGGCUCAGGCUGUGAUGGGAGACGUGGUGGAGCUUCACUGUGAGGCCCAGAGAGGCUCUCCCCCAAUCCUGUACUGGUUUUAUCACAAGAAUGUCACCCUGGGGAACAGCUCGGCCCCCUUUGGAGGCGGAAUGUCCUUCAACCUCACUCUGACAGCAGAGCAUUCUGGGAACUACUCCUGUGGGGCUGACAAUGGCCUGGGGGUCCAGCGCAGUGAGGUGGUGACACUCAACAUUACAGGGCCCUCCAGUAACAAAUACAAAGCAAGCCUUAUCACUGUGGGAGUCCCCACAGGGCUGCUGAGCAUCCUCGGCCUUGCUGCUGCCACUGCUGUUCUGGUGGGUUACUUCAGGACCCAGAGGAGCUCGGGAGGACAUUUUGCCACUGGAACACCUAGUUACAGUCCCAGUGAGUUUCAGGAGCCUUCCUGGUCCAGGACCUCCAACGCAGACCCCCAAAAUCCCAAACACUCUGAGCCACCAGCCCUACAGGAGCCACAGCCAGUGUACAGCAACGUGAAUCUUGGAGAUAGCAACCUGGUUUAUUGCCAGAUCUGGAACACACCGCAUGCAAAAGAAAACUCAGCAAAUUCUCCAAGGAGGCAUUGGGAAGAUAAGGAGCCCACCAUCAUCUAUUCAGAGCUGAAGAAAGCAUAUCCAGAUGACUCCACAGAACAGGACAGCAAUAGAAACAUAGAUGAAGAUGCCACAGAAAACUAUGAGAAUGUCCCAUGCACAUCGUCAGCUGUAGACCACUAGCUCUGUAUCCAGCAUGGCUCACAGAGACCCUGAGGAGCAGCCCGUGUCCUUCUCUCUGUUAUCGCCAACCAUGCACCCUCGUUCCCUCCAGGACUCAGCAUCCCAGGAGGCUGGGCCGUAGGGGACGUGAGGCUGUGUGAAAGUUCUGCCAGCUUUCUCUGUGCCUGAACCUAUAUGUUCUCCAGGAACAUAAUGGGCAGCUGCAUUCUUUUCACACUCGAGAUACAUGUGAAGACAGGGCAGGUGGGCCUUCAGCUCCUGGACCUGUUGAAGAGAAGGGAGAAACAGUCUCGCCAGGACCACAAGGGUGCAGUCAUGACCGGUUGAUCUAAGUGUGAUCAAAAGCUUUUAAUGUACUAUCCUUACAUAAACAAUUUGCUCUAAACAUUUUGUUUCCAUCUUGUGUGGUUGAUAGUGGCAUUGCUGAUAUCCUGGCUUAUAUGCUUUGUUCCAGCUACCAUAUUGGAAACACCAAAAAAGAUUCAUUCUGCCCACUUAUAUACUAUUUCUUCAUGAAAUGUACAUUAGUAUUAAGAUUUAAAAAAUAACUCAUUCUUUUUAAUGGGAGAGAUCUUCCAAAUUGUCUGAUUAGAUAGUGUUAGGGACUGAAUUGUACUCUCUCAAAAUUCAACGUGACUGUACUUGGAGAUGGAACCUUUAAGGAGGUAAUUAUGGUUAAAUGAGGUCAUAGGGUGGACCCUAAUCCAACUGGGCUGGUGUCUUUGCAAGAAGAAGAGGAGACACUAGAGAUGUCUCUAUCUUUCUUCAUGCACACAGAGGAAAAGCCAUAUGAAGACACAGCAAGAAGGCAGGCUUGUGCAAAACCAGAAGUGGCAGGAAGAGAGGUCUCACCAGAAACCAACUCUGCCAGCACCUUGAUCUUGGAUUUCUAGAACUGUGAGAAAAUAGAUACCUGUUGUUUAAGUCACAUCGUCUGAGGUAUUUUGUUCUGGCAAUCAGAGAAGACUAAUACAGAUUUAUACAAAGAUACAUAGAUGAUAAGUGAUUGAUGAUGAUGAUGAUACAUAGAUGAUAAGUGAUUGAUGAUGAUGAUGAUGAUGGAUGGAUAGAUAGACAGAUGGAUAGAUAGAUAGAUAAGAUAGAUGCAGGUGAAUGACACACACGCACAUACCCAGACCAUGUAGAAUUUGUAGUCUUCAAGACACUUUCCCUUUCACAAGAUCAAACAUUCCUCCUCCCCAAAGCAGCUCAGUUUUAUUGUUUAAUUAUGCAACAUCCACUAUUUGAUGGCUACAGAAGCAUUAACACCAACGUUGGAAGGUCAAUAGAGCCAAUGAUUCAUAUGACUCAGAACCGAUCUGGCACUGUAUGUAGAUGGAAGGCAAUUCAUAGUCUCAAAGGAGGACAUCCCCUCCCAUUGCUCAAUGACUCUUAAAUCAAUUCCUCAAUUGACUGACAGACACUGAGUAUCCACCAAUGAAGAAAAAAAAUUUUAAGUAUGCCCUUUGUGUUUAAAUUUCAGGAAAAAUGGCACAAUCACUUUUAUUCAUAAGCUUACUGGGGUAGAAAAGGAAUAACUGAAAGUGUUAAUCUCUAUCACCUAGUGUUACACUGACAUUUUUUUAGCUCUGAAAACAAUAGAUCUGAAGAAGAUUCUGGUAAGUUCACUGAUGACUGAUGCACCUCAACUGAUACAAUUUAUGGACAUCAUUGAUUUAACACCAGCCAUUGUUGACAACUUUAAGUAAAUAAUGCAGUGAUGCUUUGCAAACCUUGAAAACAACUCGAGCAUAAAGGUAUUGUGUAUUUCAAAUUUUAUGUAUUUCCCCUUGGGUUUUGGAAGCUUAGACAACAGAAAGUAUAACAUAUAUCAAAAUGCAAUCUGAUUUGACAUUUUUAUCUUAGACUAAUGAAUUCAACUAGCAAGAUCAUUUACUGAGGGAAAAAAUAAUUCCCUUCUUAAAGAAGAAAUGCAUAUUUUAUAAUGAAAGAGGGACUUAUAUGUCUUGUUUCUGUAUAAAUAAGCACAAAAUACAAUUCAUAAUGUAUACUUGGCCUUUGGGUGGAGCAAGGAAUCCAGAUAUAGUCUGUGUGCUUAAAUUUUGCUCCAAAUACCUCCCCACUUAGGGAUCCAGGAUGAGUAAAAUAAACAAGGGAAGGGGAACAUGCACUAGGUCCAGCUGUGGGAAACCCAUCUAAAAGAAUGGUGACAAAAGGUAGGUUUUCUCUUUUGACUUAAGAGAGAAAAAAAUCCCUAAGGGACAAAGAAAGGACUGAGGUAGCCUCCCAUGGACAGUGAGAGUCUCUCCAGGAGUGCACGCCGGUGGUGAAAGCAGCACCAAGGACAGCAGCCUCUAAGAUGGAGAGAAUCAGUGAAUGCCAGCAAGAGAUGGGGACACCCGAGGACUCUAUAGCACACAAAAUUGUUCUGCGUGUAUAGAGGACCUCCCUCUCAGAUCCCUUAUGCAGGUCCUCAAACUGAGUGCAAAUAGUAGUACCUGAAAGCAGCCAGGGAGACUCUAAGGGAUAUUUGGUAGAAGAUCCAAGAGGAAAUUAUGUUUCCAAUUAGCCAGGAAGGUAAUAGUUGAGGCAUCAAGAUUCAAGACAUUACUAUAAUUUCUUUCUUUACAGUAUAUUUAUUUACAAAUUAUCGACUAAUUUAUGGAUAAUAAACUACAGAUACUUUAAGGGUACAAUUUGAUGAUUUUUUGACAAAUAUAUACAUCCAUGAAACCACCACCACAAUCAAGAUCCCAAAUAUCUCCAUCACCCCCUAAAGUUUCCUUCUCCCCUACGCAGUACUUCUUUCCUUCCACUUUCAUUUCAUGCAAUUACUCAUAUGCUUUAUGUCACUGUAGAUCAGAGUGUAUUCUCUAAAAUUUUAUAUAAAUAGAAUCAUAGAGUAUAUACUCUUUUGUUCCUGACUUCCUUCACCAAGUAAAAAGGUUGUAAGAUUCAUUUAGAUUGCAUCAUGUAUCCACAGUAUAUUCCUUUUUAUUGCUGAGUAAUAUCCCAUCACAUGGAUAUACCACUUUUGAUUAUCCUUUUACCUGUUAAUGGACAUUUGGAUUGUCUCAUUUGUCAUUAUUAAGAAUCAAGCUACUAUAAAAAUUCAUGUACAAUUCUUUGUGUGGAUUCUUUGUGUGGACAUAUGUUUCCACUGUUCCUUUGUAAACACUUUGGAGUAUAAUAGCUGGGUCACAUAGUAGAUUCAUGCUUAACAUUUUAAGAGGCUAUAAGAUUCUUUUCCAAAGUGGCUGUACCAUUUUACAUUCUCAUGAGCAGUGUUAGAUAGAGUUGCUCCACAUCCUUGCCAUCAUCUGUCAUUUUCAGUCCUUAAUUUUAGGCAUUCUAAGGAGUGUGUAGUGUAGUAUAGUGUUAUUUCAUUGUGGUUUUAAUUUCCCCAAUAAUCAAUAAUGUUGAUUAUCUUCUCAAGCCCCUAUUAAUUCCUUUUAGAUCCUCUUUUGUGAAGUAUUUGUUCACAUCUUUUACCUCUUCUUUAUUGGAUUCUUUUUAUUACUGGGUUGCAAGAGUUUUUUAUAUCCUGGUCUGAUGUAUGUGAUGCAAAUAUUUUAUUCAUGUUUGUAGCAUGCCUUUCAUUUUCUUAAUUGUCUUUUGAAGAGAAAAUUUUUUAGUUUUGAUAAAGUCCAAUGUAUCAACUUUCUCAUUUUAUGAGUAUGCUUUGUGUUUCUUAUGUAAGAAAGUAUAUGCUAGGGUCAAAAGAUUCUUUCCUAUUUCUUUUUUUUUUUAUAGAAAUUUUAUAGUUUUAACUUCUACAUAUAAGUUAUUUAAGAGCUAUUUAGAGUGAAAAUUUUUGUAUAUGUAUAGUGUGAGAAAAAGUGUUUAUAUUUUUUUUCCUGUGAAUACCCAGUUGUUCCAGCACUAUUUGCUGAAUAAACUUUCUUUUGCCUCUAAAAUUUGAAUUGUCUUCUUGUUGCUGAGUUACUGGAGUUCUUUAUAUAUUUGGGAUAUGUAUUUCUUUGUCAGAUAUAUGUUUAGUGAAUAUUUUCUCCUGGUAUGUGAUUUGCCUUUACAUUUUCUUAACUGUAUCUUUUAAAGAACAAAAAUUUUAAUUUGAUAAAAAUUGUUUAUCAGUUUUUUCUCUUACAGUUCCUGUUUUGCAUAUCCUGUUUAAAAACCAUUCACCUAACUAAAUGUUAUAAAGAUUUUCUUCUACGUUGUCUUUUAGAAAUUUAAUAAUUUUAGAUCUUGUAUUUAGAUAUGUGAUUCAUUUCAGGUUAAUUUUUGUAUAUGUCAUGAGGUAAGGGUUGAUGUUAAGUUUUCCAACACAGUUAUCCAGUUGUUUUACCACCAUUUCUUGAAAAAUAUAUCUUUUUUUUUCAUUGAAUUAUGUUGUCACUUUGUCAACAGUCAAUUGACUACAUAAGUAUGGGUCUACUUAUGGACUAUUCUGUUCUAUUGAUUAUAUAUACAUGUAUCUACCUGAGAGUUUGUGUAGGAUUGAUUUUUUUUCCUUAAAAAUAUUUAAUAAAAUACACCAAUGAA